AUGGUAAAAUUGCAAGUUGAAACAUUGCCAGUCCCAUAUUCUACGAUUAUUUUGCAUUGUUUGAAAUAUCCAUCGAAUGGUGUUUUGGGAUUAUUGAUUGGGCAGAAAAAGGGUGGAAAAAUUACGGUGAGUAAAUUCCAAACUUUCUCUUCAAUUAAUAAAGUCAACUUGCAGGUUUCUUCGAGUGUACCAAUUUGUCAUGAAGCAACUCCAUUAGCACCAAGUUUAGAAAUUGCCACUACUUUGGUUCAUUCAAAGUUUGGAGCGCAAAUUGUUGGUGUUUAUUUUGCCAAUAGCUCUGCAAAUGAUAAAAGCUUGAAUCCCUAUGCAAUUCGUUUGGCUGAAAGAAUUUCGAGCGUCACAAAUUCUUCGGCUAUUCUUAUUCAAGUUAUUAAUGAUCGUUUGAUGGCAGAUUGUGAGGAGGAUAGAUUAGUUGCGUAUGAAAAGGAGACUGAAAAUUGGAAAGAGGCAGAGUAUGUAAACAAGUUUUGAAUUAAAUAUAAUCGGAUUAUCAUGUGUUUUUAGAACGAUGUUCCAAGGAGCUAAUAUUUUGAGAGGAUUACAAGCCGCUAUACAAAAGAAGCUUUAUCGGGAUUUGAACGACUUUGAGAAUCACCUUGACAACCCGGAGAUCGAUUUUUAUAAUACUAAUCUUGGCAAGAAGUUGGCGUCCGUUGCCGAACUGAGAGCUUAA